GUGGCAAGCCGCCUGAGAGUCGAGUCGGACGCACACCGUCUAUAUCGCAUACCGCACACCGCAUACAAAAUAGCUACGUUCACCGAUCGCAUCGCCUGCUGCCCCCCCUCUCUCCGUGUGUAUUUUAGCGAGCGUGCGGCGAGUAUUUCGGGUUUACAGUUACUAACGAGCCAUAUGCCGUAUGCCAUAUGCCAUAUGCUGUAUGCGCUUGAAUGCCAAAUUUAAUUGCCGCUCUUUGCAUGUUCAGUCAUUAAUCUGGAAAAUACGACUUUCGUUUUUCCAGCGACUUUCAUUUCGUUCGCGUUUCGAUUGCCCGCCUGCCCGCCUAUCCGCCUGCCCGCCUGCUUGCCAUUGAAAAAAGUGUCAAAAUAAGGGCGCUAAUAGGUCCAAAAAAUAUAUACAUAAGUCAGUCGAGCUAUACGGUCAAUUUUUUUUUGGUUUUUGUUGUUAUUGUAUUGUGAAACGUGUGUUCGAAUUUGCGCUUAUUUUGCUUGAUUAUGGCUCUCAUGGACACCGCCUGGCGCUGCCGCCUGAUGAUCUUCGGGAUCGUUUCCCUGCUGCUGGUGGGCGACCUCUUCGGCUACGGCGGCGGCAUGAAGUCCGACCACGGCGACAACCAUUCGGUGGGCGUGCGCAGCGGUGCCGUGGCCGGGUCUGGCGCCGCCAGGGCCGGUGCUCCCGGCGCCCCCACAGGUCCAGGUCCAGCGGCUGCGGCAGCCAGCAAGUUCCAGCAGUCGAAGAGUGCCGAGAUCGACAUAACCGAAGAGCACGACUUCAAUGAGUUCUCGGCGGCGGCCGCCCUCAAGCCGGGCAUGGCCGUGGUGACUGGAGCCAGCCUGAAGACCAAGUCCCAGCUGACGGACACCAUCAAGGAGUCCUGCCUGCCCAAGAUGCUCUGCGAGCUGGCCUCGAAGCCGGACUACCAGCUCAGCGAGAAGGAGCGCGAGCUGCUCAGGCUGAUCAGAUCACCGACCAUGCCCUGGAUGAUGAACAUGCCGCCGAGCAAGUGGUACUUUGCCGCCCACAUGGGGGAGCUGAUGCGCCACACCGGGGACAACCUGAGCGGACCGAUGGGCUGUGCCAACCUGUGGCCCAAUUGCCCGAUCAGCUCCAAGAAGCUCAUGAAGCUGAGCUACAAAGUCAAGGUCUAGGGCUGUGAUCCGACCAUGUGAUCCGAUCCAUCUGAUCUGCAAUGACAAUGAUUGUCUGUCUAUCUAUAUAUUAGAGCAUUAAGUAUUAGAGAUAGAGACCUCAGCUUUUGUACCAUAUGUUUUCACUGUCGCGCCUACCUUGUAUAAUUCCCCUACUGUUAGUCCAAUCGCUAGAUCUAAGACUCUAGGCUUAGUCCGAGGCAUGACUGAUGUGACAAUGGGGCCGCAGCUCUCGCUGGCUGCGAGCCCUUUAUUUUGUUGUUGUUGUCUAGUACAGUAGUCAGUAGUUAAGUGUGACUCUAGUCACGAUCUAGCGUAAGUUCGACGAUCCUGUAAAUGUUAAUAAAUUACCUGUAUUGUUCA